CACAGUCAAAAAAAGGCACAGCAGAAACACGACAUUUGCCAUUGUCCAGCUCAACAGCAUCCACGAUGUUCCCGAAGCAAAACCACGUCAGGACAGCAGCAAGGAAGUAGGCAAGCAGCAGUGUGGCAACACGGUUUCUCCGCGGUAUCUCCAGACCAGGCCUCCCCCGCACAACUGCUGCUCACUGACCGCGCCUUGUCUCUGUGCCCCCCCCCUGUUCUCUUGUGUUUCUCCUCAGGCUCAUCAGCAGUGCAGGAAGGCAGACCGUCUGCUGGUGGCUGGGAAGUAUGAAGAGGCCAUCUCCUGCCAUGACAAAGCAGCAGAACUGGCUCGUCUGUCCAUGGAGCUGCAGAGGGACAGUCAUAUCAAACAGCAGCGACUCAUCCAGGAGCGCUUGAAGAGAGAGACCCGUCGAGAGGCCACGAAGUCCCGCCUCGCUCAGGCGCAGCCCCCCCCCAGCAGCCCGGCCCUCCUCACCCAGAACCCGGGCCAGCUGCAGCACAGCAGCCCCCCGGCUGCAGAGGGGGUCAGGGAGCGGGAGUACGACACCCUGCUCUACCAGCUCCAGACCCGGCAGACCGGGGGCUGCCAGCCUCUGACCACGCCGUGCCCCGGCACUAAGACCACCAAAGACGACAAGACCCGGCUGGAGGAGCAGCAGACCACCAUCGAGGACCUGCGGCGCCUGGUGACCCGCCUGAUGGACGAGAACCAACACCUGCGCUCGGAAAACGCCCGGCUGCGAUCCGAGGCCACCGACGCAGACUUUGUGGAGUGCUCCGAGCUCUGGGGGAACUCACAGGCAGGGGGCGCUCUGGGGACAGGGGGGGAGCAGGUGAGGAGGAGCACGGGCGGGAAGGGGAAGGAGAUCGCCAUCCCCCAGCUGCCCCCGCUGGAGAUGCCCGCGCAGGAGGACCUGUGUCUGGACGACCUGCCCCUUCUGGAGCUGCCCGAGGACAUCCAGAACGAACUGAAGGAGCUGCUGGACAGGGACAAGCUGUGAAUACACACACACACACACACACACACACACACACACACACACACAGGCGCACAGGCGCACAGGCACCAGGGUUGAGUUUGGAUGCCAAAAUGUUUGUCAUGUGACCCGGGGCUGUCACAGAGCUAUAAUGAAACCCCCUACUGUGUGCAGUAAUAAUGAUGAUGCAGGGGGGGGACUUGUGCGAGUUAUUUUUUUAUUUCAUAGUCUGGAAUUAAAUUACUGAUUAUUUCAGUGCUUCGAAAUGCUAAAUGAUAGUGCUUUUUAUCUAUAAGAUGAUAAUUAACAUAAUGUUUUGGGCUUUUUGCAAAUGCUGGCACGGUGGAAAGCAUCCCUCUAACUUCCUGUUGGGGGGGAUUUUGGCCAACACAUGAAUGCCAGCGGCUGUAGAGUUUGAUUAUAUACAAAUAUCAUUUUGUUGACAUUAAUUAAGUUAGUAAACAUUAAGUUACCAAUAAGAUAACGUUAUUGAAUUAUUUUAUUGUUGGAUUUUUUUUUUUUUAAUUUUUGCUAUCAUAAUAGAUUUUGUAUUGCCCUUAUUUCUUUUUUUCUUGCACCAGAGCCUGAGAUUCAGUUCUUUCUGUUUGCCUCUUUCAGAAAGAAAUAAGAAAAUGAAUGUGGGAUGUUAAAACACAUCAUUGCUUGAAACUUGAUGAAUAAAAUCAACUGAGAUUCUUUUGAAAUGUUCAAAUUUUUUCAAUCCGACAUGAAGUUCUCUAGUUUUUUAAUUCAUGUUCUUCUAAGAAUCCAGGAGACAAUCAUGGACUUUUGGCCCUGCAGUAAAACACCUGCUUCACCAGCUGUGGAGUAUUUAAGCUACUUCCUUUUCCUCAGUCGUCAGUUUGAGAGAUGAAGCAGAACCAACACCUGAUGUUACACUGAUUGCUCCAUGAGGGAGAGUGGAGAGCGACACAUGUAGAAUGUGUCUGAACUGCUCCUGAAGGGCAUUAUUGGACCACACACACACGGAUCAUGUUCAGAGCAUACUGCUGUUUCUGAGGAACAACUUCUCUGCUGCAUUUUUUUAUUUGAUUUGAGUGUACUUGAAUUAAAGGCUUCAAUUAUAA